AUGUGCGUUCGUCCAGAUGUGGGAAGAAACGAUUUACAUUCAGCGCUACAAAACAGAUGCAUAGAAACUGUUGUCGCCGAGAGCAUUGUAAGCGGUUGUUUUAUUAUAACCGGAAUUGUUUCAAAUUUAUUGAUAUGCACUGCUAUCUAUAGGAACGUUAGACUUCGUAACACGAUUCAUAUGUACAUUUUCUCGUAUGUGAUCAUUGAUUUGAUCAAGUCAGUAUUGGUAAUGCCACUCACUUUUGGUGCCCUCUUGAAAGGCGAAUGGUUUGCUACAACCUCCGUGUGUCAGUUCCAAGGUUAUGUUACUUCGGUUCUAAAUAACGCAACAAUUCUAACCAUGACCAUAACGGCUAUCGACAGAUUUGUGGCUAACAUCCACCUAGCGCACUAUUUGACAUUUCAUAGAAGAAAGUACGUUUGUGGCGCGCUUGCCAUAUCAUGGUUAGUGUCCUUUGCUGCGCCAUUGGCGCUAACAAUCUCUGGUGACGACUUCGUUUUUCACCCUGGUUACAGUAUCUGUAGAGAAGAAGUAACUGGAAACAAAAACUAUCUCCGGUCGUCGAUUCUAAAAAUUGUAUUCGCUGUCUUUCCUUUUAUUGUCAUCUCAGCAUGCUACUUUAGAGUCGUUGUGAAUAUGCAAAAAACUUAUAAGAUGGCCAAGCUUCGCCGAGGUCAGGAAGAACACAUACUGAAUAUAAUGGCCUGGAGAGGAGAGGAAGAUACUACAAGAUUCCUUGCAGCACUUAUUCUGGGAACAGUUAUUUUCUGGGUUCCAACUUAUGUAUGCGACAUUGUUGAUACGUACACUCACAAAUAUUGUCUUCCCCGCUCAGUCUACUUGCUCAGCACGCUCUUCGUUAAUGCAUCCUGUAGUGUCAAAACUCUGAUUGUGGCAUUCAUGGAUGUGGACUUCAGACGUGAGUUUAACAGUACUCUCAAGUGGCGGAAAGCUAGAAGAGUAAUUGAUAUUAACGUGGCGGGGAAAACAGAAGCAAGAGAUCUGGCUGCUCGCCUUACAGCUGAGCUUCUAGCGGAAAAUGAAAAGUAUAGAAUGUAUCACGGGUAUGUGGAAGAAAAGGAUGACAUUAAAACUGUCGAAUCUAGCGUGUAA